CAGUUCAAGUUGCCAUAGCACGGUAACUGACGGCAACUCUGUUAGCUAUCACCGGCGAAGCGAACACACUGCUUCGGUUAUCCGCGCUGCUCGCUCCCUGUCUGCCCGCUGGUUAACGCGUCGCGUCUCGCACUCUUGUCUCAGGGAGAGUUAACUAGUUGGCUAACGCCGGGUUAGCUAGCUAACGGUCGUUGUAGUGGGUUGACCACUUGUUGCUAGCCGGAUGGAGCUCCGCUCACAACAAUGGCCGGUUGGGGAGGAGGGCAGGCGGGCUGGAAGGGCCUCGCUGGUCGGAUAACUUUCUGUCUGCACGGGCUGCUCAGCCAAAGACGGCAAAGUGCCUCUUCCACGGCCCUGACCGAUGCGUCUAGUGUUGAAAAAGUUAAAAUCAGCCCCGUGUGUUGGUUAAUGCGAUUAACAGUUGCACCUGCUCGUACCGCGCUAUAGCGCCAUAUAUAUAUGGAUACAUCCAGCGGGUCGGACUCGUUCGAGAGGACGCGGGGGCACAGGCCUCGAGGGCGGGAUGCUCGCCGCGCACCGGGCCGGGACAGCGGCAGAGCCAGCGGGAUUGGAGGUGACGGUCGAACCGCGGACAUCUCCGAGAAGAUUGGCACACUGGCGACCACUUUACAGGACACCAGUAGGAACUUGACCAAAGUGGACCGGAUGCUGGGACACUACCGGGAGCACACCGACGAGCAAGCUGAAGCCCUGGCACUGCUCAGGGGGAACCUGGAAGAGUCGAUUGGUGAGCUGCAGGCGCAGCGGGUGAGCAGAUCCUGUGGCGCUCGCUGUGCGUCUGCUUCGGCCUCCACGGUGCACACCAGUGACCUGGAGGCCGGCUCCGGUUCAGACAGACAGCAUUUGUACCCCCCCUCCCCCCCGAGGGACUAUGCAGGCACCCCAAGAAGGAGGCGGAGGUCUCAGUCCGCCAGUGUUCGCUUUAAGGACAACAGCCUAUCGGAGGACGACAUUCACUCCUUGCACCAGUCCUUGAGGGAUCUGCGUCGUGGCCAGCACAGACUGUCUAGCGACCUGGAUAGAGAGAUCCUCAGGAGAAACAGGUGUGAUGUUGACAGCAGGCGAGCGAUGGACAGCCUGAGAGACGACCCGACACCGGACUCAGUGUCUUCUCGUGUGGAGCGCCGGCUGCAGGAGCUGGAGAGGGAGGUGCACCCUGAGCAAAGCGGCGUGCAGAGAGAGCGGGCGGCCAUGUCGGGCAGACUGCAGGAGACUUCAGGGAGACACCAGGAGAGCGAGCGGGCCAGACUGCUGCGAGCCGGCCAGGAGAGAUCAAAGAUGGAGCAGGAACUGGAGGCAGCUAGAAGACGUCUUGGACAGUCUGAGGACAGCAGAGAAGCUCUUGUUCAACAGGUGGAGGACAUGCGAGGCGAGCUGCUGAGGAUGAGGAAGGAGAAGACGGAGUUUCCUCAUGGCAACCACACCUUCAGGGAUGGGGGGCAAAGAGGGGCAGACGGGUUGGAGCUGGAGAAAGAGGUGGCGGCGCUGCGAGCCCAGCUGCACGCCGCGUCGGUCACCAGCGAGGUCGAGGAACUGAAAAGGACUCUGGACCGAAAGGAAAAGGAGAGCGUCCAACUCCGCUCACAGGUGGAGGACCUGUCAUCAGAGCGGGCCCAGUGGGAGCAGCAGCAGCUACGAAUGCUGGACCAGUUGAGGGAGAUGCAGAGCCGAGGGCAGGCCGACAGGAGGGAGACGGAGGCGCUGCUCCAGGAGAGCACGAGGAGCAGAGCUGAAUUGAGGACCAGGGCCCAGGAGGCCGUGCGCCAGUGGAAGGCAAAGUGCAGGAGGCUGCAGAAGGACCUGGAGGAGGCGAGGGCCCAGGCUCAGGUCCACACGGACGGGACCUCGCAGGUAGCCAGGGAAAGGGAGAGCGCCCGGGCCCAGCUGAAGGAGCUGCGCCAGCAGACGGAGGCGACCCGCCGGGAGCUCGCCGGAGUCCUGGGCCGCUUGGCCCAACGCGAAGAAGAGCUCCACCGCAAGGACGUGGAGCUGUCCGAGAUCCGCCAGCGCCACUUGUCUCUGGAGCAGGAGACCCGGGAGGUGAAGGAGGCCUCCGCUGCCCUGGAGGAGGACACUCAGCGUCUGGCCGCGGCCAAGACGAGACUAAAGGAGGAGAACCAGAGGCUGGAGGAGCAGGCGGAGAUCCAGGCCCGUCAGUGCCAGAGGGACCAGGCCGCCUUAAAGCAGAUGACCUCGGCCCACGCUCAUCUAACCCAGAGGUUAGCCGAGGAGGAGAGCUCCAAGCACAGCCUCCAGAAGGGCUCCGCGGAGCUCCAGGCCAAGCUGCAAGCGGCGCAGGAGGAGCGGGCCGCUCUGGGGCAGCAGCUGCAGCUGGAGAGAGCGGCGCAUCAGGCAGAACUGGAAACCACGAGGGCCGUGACGCACAACAGCAGGACGAGGAAGGAUUGGGAAGCGCAGGACAUGCUCAAGCUCUGCCAACGGGAGAGGGACGAAAUAAAGGCCCAGCUGGAGGAGGUUAAGGCAGACGGCGCCUCGGACAGGGCGCUGUGUGCAGGGCUGCGCAGCAAGCUGGACCGCAUGAAGGAGGAGUGUGAUAAGCUGGCAGCACAGCUGAGCACAAAGGACCACGCGCACGCACUUCUUCACACAAAGUACCAGCUACUCAAACAGGAAGUGGAUGAGAAAGGCCGGUCAGCUGAGAGGAGACGUGCUUCCCAGGCCGAGCUCGUUAAGCUGGAGGAGAAGCUGUCCCGGAUGGAAGCGGAGCGGGAGGCACUUCUCACCUCCACGGGGGAGGCCCUGGACACAGCCUGUCGCGGCCUGGCUAACAACGCUGAAGACAAAUUACAGGCCGUCUCUCAGAAACCCGGAUUAGUGAAGGACCCCCACCGCUGGUUAGCCGAGACAAAGACCAAGAUCCGGUGGCUGUGUGAGGAGGUGCGGGAGAGCACCAGGAGAGAGCAGCGCUUACGGAGGCAGCAACAACAGACCGCGGACCAGUUGGACGCCCUGAGGCAGAGCCGCGACGCCGAGCAGAGGGCUCUGCUGCAGCGCCUGGACCAGCAGGAGGAGCUCCUGCUAUCCCUGGACACCGAAAAGAGAGAGCUGCUGGAGAGGAGUCGCAGGAAGGAGGAAGAAAUGAGGAGCCUUCAGGACCGGGUAUUGGAUCUGGAGACGAACACAAGAGCAGCCCUGGACCACUUGGAUUCAAUUCCAGACAAACCGUGUUUGAUGGAGAACUUCAAAGAUUUGGAGGAGUCCCAGCGGCAGAGGGAGGUGGUGGAGCAGCGCUACGCCAAAUACAAGGAGAUCGUCUGGGACCUCCAACACCAGCUGGACGAGUCCAAGCGCAGGAUCCAGGAGUACAGGGACGAGAAGCUGGACGCCACUUCCUGGAGCCUGCGACUGGCCGCUCUUUCGUCCUCCGUUAAAGGCUCGCUGCUGAGGUCCGACACGCCGCCUCCUCACAGGCGGCUGACCACGUCCGACCUGGACGACUCCCCGGUCAAAGGGGCCAAACCCCCCGCUGACUAACCCAACGCCACGGUGCUCCUCACGCAGAACAAAGACCGGACCGGACACUCAUCCUCCUCUACCUCCACCGGUCGCUGAACGGACAUUUGAUUUCUUGCCAUAAUUAUUUGAACUAUUUUAACCGCUGUUAAAAUAUCUAUUAGUGUAUUAUCAUGCAAAAUGUGUUAAAUGCUAAAAUGUUGACCACUCAGACCAAACACUGGUGCCUUUUCAACAGAAUGUAGUUUUGUCUUUUUACUGACAUCAUGAAAAUGAAUGUUUCUUUUAAUGUGUUUGACUUUACAUUAGUUUCAUGCAGUAUAUAUUAGUAAAGGAAGGUGCUUUAUGUGGAGAACACUGUGAAUAAACCCCAAGGCAGCCGAA